ACCGGUCGCUGCUGGACCCUGACUUCGACUUCUGCGUUGGAGCUUCGAGUUUCGUCCUCGAGCUCUCCUCAGCCGACGAGCUCUUCUCCGACGGCAAGAUCCUCCCGGGCGAGAUCAGGGGGUCAGAGGGGUAAGUGCAGAUCAGAGUAAUUGUCGUCGAAUGCCGCCGUCUCGUCCUCCUCCUCCUCCUCCAUCUGGGACUCCGGUUUCUAGUGCCGCGUUCACGGAGAAGAAGAGUCUGAAGGAGCUCCUGUCGGACAGCUUCGACGACGACGACGACGACGACGACGGCAAUGACGAGGGGGAUGAGAAGCCGCCACCGAAGCCGUUCUGGCAGUUCAAGCGCAGCAGCAGCCUCAAUUGCGACGUUGCCAAGAGCAAAGGACUGAUCCGGUCGCUGCAGUUCCUCUCGCGGAGCAACUCGACCGGUUCAGUUCCGAAUCCAAAGGACAAAUUCCCCGUCAAGGAUAACCCGAGGCAGAAUUUGCAGAAACAGCCCUCCAUAUCAAGCCGAAGAUCAUCGUCGGACUCAUAUCAAUCCUCCUUCGGCAUGCCAUUUUCGUACGGCCCGUCGCAAUCGCAGAAGCCCCCGACGAAGAAACGAUACGGGCCUGGCGUGAGGGUCAAUCCCGUAUUAAAUUUUCAGCCCCACAUCACGAUCGGGACGGUGAGCUUGUUCGGGCUCGGCUCCCUGUUCUGUAAUGGCAAGGUCAGGAAGAAGAAGAAAUGAGCAAUCCUGAUCAAUCCGUUUUGUUAAUUGUGCUUGAUGAACACAGAGAGAGAAAAAACAAGAAAUGAGCUUUUUAAUUUUCUUCUGGUUUUGGUGCACAUGUUCAGAUCGAUCUCGUGGGGGUAGAUCUGGUGCUUGAUGGAAUUAGCAUGUGAUAAGGUUCUCGAAAAAUUCCAGGAAAGAUAUAAUGUACGUGUCUCUGCUGCCGAUGCAUGUUUAAAGAUCAGGUUUUGGUUUCUUCUUC